AUGUUUUCUUUACAACAGACGGUCGAUGAGUUCUCAAUAAAUAUAAAGCGCCAUAUAAACCAUAAAAUUUUGACGUCAUGGAAGUUAGAAAAUGGCCUCCCCACGGACAGUCCGAAAACCUUAAUUUACAAUUUCAAAAAUCCGGACACGCUAAUCAACAACAUUUUAAACUUUAGCUCUUCCAUCUUUAACAUUUCCAACAAAAACGUCUCAAUAAAGUCCGCAUUUUUUUCGUCAUAUCUGGGAAAAACCCAGUCUGGGGAUGUUGUUCAUCGCAAUGACGUCAUCAAUGUCCGGAUAAUUGGUGAAAAUCCGGAAUUAAAAAGUGGCGCCGAUGAAUUCGAAGAUUUUGAGUUUGGUGAGGAUAGUAGCCAGAGAUUUGGAAAAAAGAAUUACGUAUCAGAGAUCGUUCUGUUGAACUGCUUCGCCGAAUAUGACCGACUACCGACAUACCGAUGUUUCGAUUUCGAUGAAAAUUACGAUUCCGAUAAAAAUAACGAGACCACUAACAACAACGCCAACGAAAACAUCAACAACAACAUCAACAUCCAUGACAACAUCGUCAACAACAUCAACAAUAUCAGUAGACCGAUUUUGAUGAUCAACCAAAUGAGGAACAAUGGCAGAAAUCAAGGAACAGUUCAGUUUACAGUCCCUACAAAGUCGCAACAGAUCGACGCUUCCGAUUGGUUCAUUCAAAUUAACGCCAACCAAUCAGCGAUCAUGAAGCUUUCCGUCGACCAAUUAGAGAAGAGCAUUUUUGAAUUUAAACUCAAAUUUAAUGUCUUGCCGUCCAAUAGAGUUAGAGGGUUUGAUGUCACUGUGAAAGCUUGUUCCAAAGACUGUGACGACUUGGAGACUUGUUUCAUUGUUUCCCAGAAUAAAUAUAAAUCAGAGAACGCAAUGACGUCAUUUACUCUACCGUAUUUCGGGGUUGUUGCCCAGAAAAAGACACUGAAAUUAGUGAUUACGGUUAAUAAUUUUGACGAAGGGUUUGAGGCAGACGUAACAAAACAAAAUGGCGGCCCGUCCGCCAACGUGACUGCCAGUUUGGUAAAGUAUUCCUGCCUAUUUUGGAAUGAAGUUGACCAAAGACUGGACGAUGAAAACUGCUGGGCGCUAUACAAAUCUCAAGAUGGCGGCCUGACUUGCAAAUGUCUUCACAUGACGUACUACUACAUCCUCUCGGAAUAUCGACCGUUGAGGUUCAACUUCACAGCAGACGAUUCGGCAAGCGGAAUGCGAUGGAGUGAUAAGAGUACAGCAUUUACGCUAGCAACUCUGGCUGCCUUUUGGUUCGUCUACAUGACCUUGUUUCUCCUGUCUAAAAUUGCAGAUGACGAAGAUGCUUACAAGGCCAUGCCGAUUGACCUUGCGGAUAACUCGCACAAAUGUAAGUACAUCUACUUGAUUGUGGUCAACACAGGAAAACACCCAGCGGCCGGGGUCAAGUCGAAAGUUUUUGUCCAGUUCCUGAGAGACGCGGAGGUGAUAGACAUUCAGAGAAUGAGAAUUUUUUAUUUUGUCUGUGAGUCCUGGAUGUCGUCUGCACUCGUCUCCUAUAAGACCUUUGCAGUCGCCACUUAUUACGAACUCUACAACUUCGACGCCCUCAUGGUCAAUAAUGUCUGCAGGGCCUUCGAAGAUUGGCAUAAUUGGCUUUCCAUAUAUUUUUUGCCCGUUGGAUCGAAUUUCGUGAGGUACCAAAGAAUCAGUAAAAUAUUUUGUUUAUUUCUGUGCAAUGGCAUGGUGACGCUGCAUUAUCUAGGGGCCCAGAAGGGCUUAGAUGAUGAGAUUUUUGCUCUCGGAAGCAUUAGUUCGUUACUGAGUAUUCCAUUGUCGGCCACCAUCAACCACUUCUUCCGGUUUUCCACCUGGAAUCUUCCGAAUAGGGUUGUGCUGCCCGACUGGAAAAUUGACAGGACCGAAUUUGCAUACCAUAACUUCAUAGCGAGGCGAAUCUAUAAAAACGCCCUGACGUACAAGAUGGUCUCUGAGGGUGAAGGUGGCAAGAUUUUUGACGACGACGAUGACGACGAUGACGAUGAGGAUGAGAAAAAUAAACAUAAUAAUAUUAAACAUAAUAAUAAUAAUAACUAUAAUAAUGAUAACAAUAAUAAUGAUAAUGAUAAUAAUCAUAGUAAUUAUUUUUGUUACUCUUGCUAUAACAAUCAAAUAAACUCGACGAGGAUCAACUUUAACAACAGCAACAACAACGACAACAACAACAACAACGACACUAACAACAACAACAACAACAAUAAUAAUAAUAAUAAUAAAAAACGGAAGUGGUCAGAUGUUUACAAAGUGGCGCCUAGGAGUUCCUUCAUAAGAAGGCCUCAGUCGGAAUGUAAAAAUUUCUUUAAAAGGCGAUUCGACCCGUCAUCCACUAAAAAUACAGCAGCUGGUGAAGACGACGACGACGAUGGUGAUGAUAAUGAUUAUGAUGGUUAUACUGAUGAUGACGAUGACGUAAUUGACGAUGAUAGUGAUUACGAUAGUGACGAUGAUGGUAAAGGUCAAGGUCUAAAUGGAGUUAACAACAGCAGCGAAAACCUUGCAAACAACACCAGCAACAACAACAGCAACAACAUUAAUGACGUCAUCGUCGACGUCAUCAACAACAACAACAACACCAGCAAAAACAUCAACAGCAGCAGCAAACACAACAAACCUACUUCACGCCAAUCAAAACACAAACAACAACAUCAGCGUCGCGGUGACUCGAAAUUGUCCGCGAAACACGUCAAAAAAAACUUAGAAAAGAUUGUAGAUAAGGUUAAAAGCAGCAAAAAACAAGGGAAGACAUCAAAAUCCUCUCAUAAACACAACACGGGAAAAGAGACUUCAAAAAAUUUGGCGGGGAAGCAGAGAUUGCACUCGUUCAGACGUACAGAAAAGGAGAAGAAAAGGAAACAGUUCAACAUGAUGAUGAUGGAUCAGGAGUACUUGAAACAACAAGGAGUCGAUAUUCAGGGUGGAAUCGACAUCAAAAAAUUGCUCACUCAGGGCUCGAUGGCCACCUACGGGCUCGAAGAAGAAGGGGAGGUAAACAAAUCAUAUGGCGCUUACUUUGACUGGUACAAAUUAUUCCAUGGCAAAUGGUCUGUGAUCGUAGCAUGGAUUGUCACGAUGACUGGAUGUGUCAUCUUUACCUCACUUCUUGGAGUCUAUGCCACCAAGGUGAGUUCUAGCGUUUAA